AUGCCUUCUGGAAACGGUGCCCGUGCUCAACAAAAGAGAGAGAGAAACAUUAAGAAGGCUGCUGGUGAGGCAAAGGCUCACAGCCAGUUGAAGUCAAACGAGGCCGCCAAGAGCAUCGUCUGCAACGUCUGCAGAACCAGCUUCAUGUGCACCACCAAGGAGCCAGAGUUGAGACAGCACGCUGAGAACAAGCACGCUGGCAAAUCAUUCGCUGACUGCUUCCCACCUGCUUAA